CUUUAGUAAUCUCUCCUCGAUGUUGAUAUGAAAACCAUAGACUCGUGGGUAUAUUCCAAUAGCUGACCGCUAGAUGGCUAUUCCUAUUCCCUCCUACUCCUACCUUUUACCUCCCUCUCUGUUGCAUACAGUCGUAUACGUUAUACGUCAGUGAUCAUACGCGUGGCGUCGAAGAAGCUUCAUGAAGCUGAAAUGACCCAUAUCUGUAUUCGAUUAUUACUUUUCUAAGAUUAUACUAUGCAAAGCGAUCGAUAUUUAAACGUACAAUAAAUAACAGUUCGAAUAAAGGUGGCUAAUGUUACGUGUGUCUAAUGAUCGUAUCGCUUAAAGAUGUUACAUUUGAGACAUGACAUCGCCUGUUGCAUUUCUGUUUUAUGUAUUUUAAAUCUUGUCAAAGCCGACUCGCAGGAUUAUCUGAAUUUCGAGCACAGAGCUAUUCAUUUACCUGACAAAAAAUUUAGCUUCCGUGAAUACUCAGACUACUCUGAUAAUGACGAAAGAGAUAAAGGAUCUCUAGUUCCACAAUGGGAUCAAAUACCUGUACUUUACCACAAUGAGCAUUUAUCACAAACAUUGGACAAUGAACAAGUCUCAGAUGCAUUUGACAAAAACAUCAUAUGGGAUUCUCUUUGGGCUCAUGAUAUAAAAUUUGGUCAAAUAACAGCAGUGUCCAUAGACCCAAAUGGAGACAUUGCAAUAUUCCAUAGAGGUUCACGAAUAUGGGACACAACAACAUUUGAUGAUGAUAAUAGGUUUGACAGAAAUAAAGGACCCGUCAGCGAGAAUACUCUAAUACUGUUAGACAAAGCCGGAAGAAAGCUACUAGAAUGGGGUGCAAAUAUGUUUUACCUGCCACAUGGUUUAACCAUAGACAUGCAUGGCAACUAUUGGGUCACUGACGUUGCUUUACAUCAAGUUUUAAAAUUUGAUGCUAAAGAUAUAGCACUGAUGAAAAGUAUGGCGAGAUUGAGGAAAAGAGAGUAUAAUCAAGAAUCAGUAUAUCUGACCGACCAUGAGUCUAAUAAUAUGUAUGACAAUUAUGUGCCAAAACCUUCGAUGAUUCUUGGAGAAGCUUUUGUUCCUGGCAACGAUGCAAAACGAUUUUGCAAACCAACAGCGGUUGCUGUGCAAAGUAAUGGUGAAUUUUUUGUAAGCGAUGGAUACUGUAAUUCUAGAAUCAUUAAAUUCAAUGCCAAUGGAGAAGAAAUUCUACAUUGGGGUAGACAUUGGGGAAGAGGAAGCUGGAAUGAACGGAACCCACCACCAAAUGCAUUUUAUGUACCUCAUGCUUUAGCGCUAGCCAGUGAAUACAACUUAAUUUUUGUUGCUGAUAGAGAAAAUGGUAGAGUUUUAUCUUUCUUUGCAAGCAACGGAACAUUCCACAGAGAAUACAAAUAUUCCAUUGUUGGUACAAAGAUAUAUAGUGUAGCAUAUGCUAGAGACAAACUUUAUUUAGUUAAUGGUCCUAUGUUCAAUUCAAAUGUACACGUUCGAGGAUUUGUUGUUGAUAUGAAUUCGGGAAACAUAGUAUCUCAAUUUGGCCCGGGGCACGACAUGAGUAUGCCACAUGAUAUAGCCGUAUCUGAUGAUAGUUCAGAAAUAUACGUAGUAGAAUUGAAUAAUCAGACUGUUUAUAGGUUUCUUCAGGACAUUAGUGCGUCAGAGCAAACUGGAAAUUCUGUGGCACGAGCAAAUCCUCACCAUGAACCAGCACCGUUAACGGACAAUGAUAUUAACAAUCCUUCUGGAGGUACUACAACAGCAACAUUAGUCUUAUCCCUUGUUACAGCAGCAGUCAUUUUUAUUGCCCUCUGUGUAGCAAUUGCUGCAGUUGUAGCAAGAUGUCAAAAAAGAGGAUGUUUGUUAAUAAUGCGCAAACGAAUGCGCUGGGAAGCCGAGAGACGAGAAAACUUUAAACUCUCGAGCCUCUUGGAAAAAAGAAGAGGCAAAAGUUUCAAGAUAUCGGAGAAACGGCCGAAUCCGCGAGAUUUUAGUAAAUUGAACACGGAACCAGAAACGUCGGAGGAUGAAUAUCCAGGAAAUAGCAUUACGAGAGUCAUUUAAUUGAUCAGAUGGUUACAAGUAACGUACCUUUAAUCAGACGUGCUGUCUUCAAUUCCAAUUUGUGCUUACUGCGAGUAGACCCGAAUCUAGUUUUCCAUGACACUAAAGCGAAAAGCAUGUACCGUGGUCGAAUCGCAGGUUGCUUCGAUUAAUACUUCACAAGCGUUGCCUUCUCGUAUAAGAUCAUUAAUUACCACACACUGAGUUAAGCACACGCGAUUAGUUUAAGAUAAGCAAACAUAGUCAAGAUUGUUCAAUGAAAUAUUGAAACUGCUGCCUGCGACUUCGUUGUUGACUGAUUUUCGCUCCCGCGUAUUAACCGAACUUAGCCGAUCGAAGCCGAAGUUACAAACCUCGCGAAUAUUUAAAUCUGCUAUACCACUAACCGUGUAUUUCAAUUGAAUCGAUUCAAUUUUGUACAAAUUACUAUAACUGAAUGUUUUAACUAAUAAUUACACUUGAACAAAUAUUUAUAACGCUCUUCUUAUAUACGAGGAACGAGAUAUAUUGAAUGCGAAAUGCGAUAUAUGUAUGUAUAUGUGAUGUGUGCGUGUGCACACGAUCGCGUUCAAUCGAUUAAUCGAAUAUUGGAUUCGAUAAGUACCUAUGUUCUUCUUGACUACCGUGCAAUUAGUGUUUCCAAAGAACUGCCGAUAUUUUUAGACUUUACUUUGUUUAAUAUAAAUUUUAAUUUAGUUUAAACAUUUAGAAUAGCCUUAAUGAUUGUGACGGUGGUCUUAUGAAUGCGGUGAACGGAAGAAUUGUAAUAUUCCUGUGAGAACGUAUAACAGGUAAAGGGCAACUAUCUCACAUUUUGACUGUUUAAAAUUUAAUUAUUUCGAACACAUUUGACGUUAUUACAAAUUCAAAAUAGUAUCAUGUUCAAAGUAAUAUAAUACAUUCAAGUUACAUGUUUGAAAUUGAAGAUCAGUUACUUUGAAAAAUAUUUAUGCAACCUAACUUACCUGAUAAAUAAUGGCCUUGCAAAUUGCACUUUGAAAGUGACCAAACUUAUGUUGCAUUAAUUGAAUAUCAAUAUCUAUUUACAAAGUAUAUUAAAGUUACACAGCGUAAAUUAUUGACAUAUCCCUUUAAAGUUUUAACACAAAAAUUACAUUUCUGUAUGUAUGUAAUGUAUACGAUUUAUAAGACGUGUUUUAUCCUUGCAUAUGCAAUCGAUGAUUUUGUAUUUAAUUAAUUCCUAUACAUUUUCAUAGUUCAAAUGUGUUCGUUUGAGACAUUCAGUAUUUUCUCAGUACCUGGAAAUGUAUUUAAUAUUCUUACUUUUUAAUACGUGUACAUAUACAUGUGUCUAGUCCGUUUUAUUCUCCAAGUCUACUUUAAGUAUUUAAACAUUCUUUAAUCUAUACAACCUGUUUCAAAUAACUUAUGAACAUUUUUAUGUAUAAUGCUACAAACACAUUGUACCUAUGUAACCACUGAUAUGAAAAUGUAUAUUUUCAAAUAAAAAUGGUGUUUGUAAUAUUAAAAGCAA